AAUUCCACUGCAUACAUGCAAAACAUUUUAAUUGUUAAAUGGGUUGCUGUUUGCUGAAAUGCUCAGUUUUGGUAUUACAAGACACCUUUUUCCUUUUUUAUUUUCAGAUCAAGACACUGAAUGCUCUCAAAGCUAUUUUUGAUGAUUAUCAUAUAAGGUCUUUUGCUCUGUAACAUCAGCUUCCUGGAGCGGGUUAAUUUGCUUCAGAAUGUGGCUUUGUGUGCUGAAUCUUAGUUUUAGGUUCUUUUUUCAGAGGAAAAUAUUUUUCCAGAUAAUUUAAAUUGUGAGCAUGUCUAGAAUAUUUGAUCGUUUGGCGAUGGAAUGUGUCUGUCGUUUCAGGAAAUGUAGCAAUACCACAAAGUUUGGUGUAAAAAAAAAAAAAGAAAAGAAAUCUGUAAUGUAAGCCUACAUAUGUGAAUAGGAUGUAAAGGACUGUUUUUCAUGCGAAGAUGCACCAGAGCAUUAGUCUGUUUUUGUGGAGUUCACGUAAUUCAGCAAUGGUUUGAAACUAUAAAAAUCAUAUAACAGAUUCUUCUAUGUAAAUCAAGCCGCUCAUAAUACAGAGAUGACAACGGAUGAGUCUUAAAAAAAAAAGCAAAUAAUUACAUUUUCAACUGGCAAUGUUUCUAAAUAACUAAUAAAAAUCAAUGGGUUCACAGCGGAUAUCAUUUCCUAUCUUAAUAUAAUUAGACCAACAAAUGCUAUUCAGUCCAAACAAACAUCCAGUGCGCACAACAGCAACUGCCACCUUAUUUAUUUCUCUCUGAAAGGAUUCCUGGUCCUGAUCUGCAUUGCGCUGUGGGUCUGUUUCUCCCAGGCCCCAGUGCCACAUAAUUUCCAGUAAAGCUCUCUGAGGUUGUGAAUGGUCACCAGUCCCCUGGCAGUUGCAUGUGCGUCUGGAUCAUGCUUUAUGUCGGUGGGCCUGAACUUCGUCACUCAGCUCUUUUGGGUGGGGGAGAUAAAGGGGCACUGAUAUAAUGGCCCCGUUCUCUCUGCAUGCACAUCCAUUGUGCUAACCAGCUUGGAAACGCUCCACCAUGGAGUGGCUUUUCAUUGCCGUGGCAACCUGCUUGCUAGCCCUCUGCCCUGUCAAAGGUGACGAGUGGAGGCUGGAAUAUGAAGAAGGACUCAGUCACUACAGCGAGGAAGUGCUUAGAAAGGAGUUUCCUGAGAAGACCAGGCCAAUCGGUUUCAAACAUCCACUGUUCACGUGUCCUGACAUGAGCCCCUCCUCUUCUGUGCCAACCUCAGUUGAGCUGGUGAGGGCAGCAGAUAUUAAAGUGAUCGCUGCCCUUGGGGAUUCACUGACAACAGCCAUUGGUGCAAAUGCAACCACAGUUCUUGGCAUACCGAUUGAAUUUCGUCACGUGUCAUGGAGCAUUGGUGGCUAUGGAUCCUUUCAAGAUGUCAUUACACUGGCAAACAUCAUUCGACUCUUCAACCCCCACUUAGUGGGUCCUGCCCCAACCAAGACGGUCCAUGGUACCCCAGCUCCCCUCUGCGAGACUGGAUUUAACCUGGCUGUAACCGGACACAACACCUUUAAUCUUCCUGAACAAGUCAGACAUUUGAUUGAUACAUUGAAAACAUAUGAGGAUAUUGACUUUGAUGAAGACUGGAAACUGUUGACCAUUCUAAUUGGGAUGAAUGACAUCUGUGAUUACUGCAAAGACAAGGCAUUGCUUACAAAGCUGUUUCUUUGGCAAACUACAGACAGAAGAUUCUUCUACAGUAUUGACAGAUUUUGUUCAAAAUGUCAAAGCGGGAACUAUAGGAGGUUUAAAACAAAUGUUGUUAUAUUGAUUGUGAACACAUAGACGCUUGUAG